AUGAACGGUGGAUCAUCGAAUAACUCAUCAUCCACCAACAGCAACAAUAAUAAUAGUGUAACAUUGGUACAAGAAGAUCUCUUGUGCAACAUCAUUUCAUCGAUUCAAAAGUGUCUGUCAUUCGACAAGGACGGAUUUUUAGAUAAACAAAAGUUUGAAAAACUCUUGCCGGCGUUGGUCAAUCAAUUGGAGAACCAAAUGGGCAACGAAGAAAGCUACAAGAAUAGAGUGGAUCGUUAUUUGGUGCCUUGCAUCACCCAGCUCGCCAUUACAAUUAACCAAGAGAUGCUCUGGAAGCCAAUGAAUCAUGCUGUGCUCAUGAAGACAAGAAAUCCAUAUGCCAACGUCAAAUUGUCUGCGAUCGCAGUCAUCCAGUCACUUUACAAGCGUCUUGGAGAGAGACUACUGAUUCUUCUACCGGAAUCAUUCCAAUUCAUUUCGGAACUCCUAGAAGACUCUGCGCCAGAGGUAGAAAAGGCAUGCCAAGAUUUAGUAAAGACUAUAGAAGCUCAUCUAGGUACAGAGGAAUCAAUAUCUUCAUACCUAUAA